AUGGGGCAGGAGGUGGCCUCUAUGGAGGUUGGGAACAUCCUUGGUGAGGCCAGAUGGGAUGACGGGGCCAAGGGGGUGGAGGUCAAAACGACACUGGGGUUCUCUUCCCGGGUGGAAUUCCCCCCAGCAAAGAGGAUGAGAGAUGGAGACUUCUCUAUGACCAUCCAGGAGACAGUGCUGAGCGAUGAGGAAAUGUACGAGUGUAUCUGGCUGGGCCGCAAGACCAUCUCUACGGUCUGGCUCAAGGUUCAGGAGCCCGACCCUCCGCGCUCUAUCACGCUGUUCAAGGGAAGCCCGGUCACUCUGCCCUGCUACGGUGUCAUCCCCAAGACCCAGCCCACCAGCCAGAUCUACGUCCAAUGGCUGAAGGACGAUGUGGAGAUCAUGACCCUUAACCCUGGUCCAGACGACAAGGGACCUAAGGAAGAAGACCUCCGUCUCUCUCUCCCACCCAACAACCUGCUGGAGAACGGUGACCUGUCCUUGUUUAUCUACAAGACGGAGCUCAAAGACCAGGGAGUCUAUCGCUGCUUCUACAAGUCCAGGGGCUUCGAGGACCCUAAGAGUGGGAUACCAGAAGGUGUCUAUCUGACCAUCCUAGAUCCACAUUUUGACCUAUAUAACUUAACAGAGCGCUAG